CACCACGUCCACCUGCACUUCGUUAGAGAGCAGAGCGUUCACAUGCCACACCAUCAGCUCCCCACAAUGACAUAACUCCAUUCAGAGACUGGCGUGGCUGGGUUGGGUUUUCCCCCCCGUUCAGCUCUUGUAUCACUAAGAAUCUGGCAGCCAGUCCCGUCCUGACAGCGUUUAUAGCAUAUAUUGGUGGAUUCUUGUCCAUAGUGCAUCUGCUUUAAGAAUUAACGAAAGCAGAGUCAAGACAGUAAGGAUUCAAAGCGUUUGCCAAAAAAUGAAUCUAGGUGCAUUUACUCUCCUCUUGGCCCUACUCGGUGGUGCCAGCACCCAGUACUACUAUGAUUACGAUUUCCCCCUAUCGAUUUAUGGGCGAUCGUCACCAAAUUGUGCACCAGAAUGUAACUGCCCUGAAAGCUUUCCAACGGCCAUGUACUGCGAUGAGCUGAAAUUGAAAAGUGUGCCAAUGGUGCCUCCUGGAAUCAAAUACCUUUACCUUAGGAAUAACCAGAUUGACCAUAUUGAUGAAAAGGCCUUUGAAAAUGUAACUGAUCUGCAGUGGCUCAUUCUAGAUCAUAAUCUUCUAGAAAAUUCCAAGAUAAAAGGAAAAAUUUUCUCUAAACUUAAACAACUGAAGAAGCUGCAUAUAAAUUACAACAAUCUGACUGAAUCUGUGGGCCCACUUCCCAAAUCUCUGGAGGACCUGCAGCUUACUAAUAACAAGAUCACGAAGCUCGGCUCCUUUGAAGGACUGGUGAACCUGACCUUCAUCCAUCUUCAACACAAUCAACUGAAAGAUGAUGGCAUUUCAGGAGCUUUUCGAGGUCUUAAGUCACUCGAGUACCUUGACCUGAGCUUCAAUCAGAUGAGCAAACUGCCUUCUGGUCUCCCAGUAUCUCUCCUAACUCUCUACUUAGACAACAAUAAAAUCAGCAACAUCCCUGAUGAGUAUUUCAAGCGUUUUAAGGGGCUGCAGUAUCUGCGUUUGUCUCAUAAUGAACUGGCUGAUAGUGGAAUACCUGGAAAUACUUUUAACAUAUCAUCCCUGCUUGAGCUGGAUCUCUCCUACAAUAAGCUCAAAAGUAUACCGACUGUCAAUGAAAACCUUGAAAACUAUUACCUGGAGGUCAAUGAACUUGAAAAGUUUGAAGUGAAGAGCUUCUGUAAGAUCCUGGGGCCAUUGUCCUACUCCAAGAUCAAGCAUUUGCGUUUGGAUGGGAAUCACAUCACCCAGACUAAUCUGCCACCUGAUAUGUAUGAAUGUCUACGUGUAGCAAAUGAAAUCACCGUUAAUUAAUACCUGCUCAUUUCAGGUAUAUCCUGGAGCAACAUUUUAUGGUUAUGUUUUUGUGUGUGUGUCAGUUUUCAUAGUGUUAAUUUUUGUUGUUGCUCUUUCUUCCACGAAUUUUAAACUCUGAGAAAAAAUGUUUUGUAAAUGUUUUGUUACUCUUUUUUUAUAGAAAAGAUGAAAAGCAGGCCUAUUUCAUCAUGAGCACAGACACAUACACACACACAUAGACAACAAAAUUAAUGCUUUAUUUGUAAUUUAGUUUUUCUACAGCUUUACUGUCAAAUGAUGUGCAAAGCCUUUUGCUGGUUGCGUGCAAGUCAGCCAAGUUUUAUAAUUCUUAAAUCUUCACGUACCCAAAAGAAUGGACUACAUACACAUGAAUGUUUGCUGUCUUAAACCAAAUAAUCAUAAUAUGUUCAAAUUUGUUUAGCUGAAAAAUAGGUGGUAAAUUUUGAGACCAAUGACUUUGCAAAAUACUUAACAGAAUUCAUGAAACCACAUACAUUUAAAGCAGAAUUUAUAGUAUUAAGAAUUUAUAUAGUUACCUAGAGAAACUUUUCUAGAAUUAUUUUUCAGUUUAAUUCACGUGUAUUUUUUAUUAUUAUUUGCAUGUUAUGUUUAACAAGCUAAUAGCAAAAUAAAACAUAGCAAAUG